AUGUGCUACAGGAAGAGCCCCAGGGAGAGCCACAAGGAAGAGCCCCCAGGAAGAGCCACAAGGAAGAGCCCCCAGGAAGAGCACCCCAGGAAGAGCCACAAGGAGAGCCCAAGAAGUGCCACAGGAAGUACCCCAGGAACUGCCCCCCUGCCCUGGAACCAUCUUAGGUGGCCUCGAGAACAGCCCCAAGGAAGAGCCCCAAGGAAGAGCCACAAGGAAGAGCCCCAAGAAAGAGCCCCAAGGAAGAGCCACAUAGAAGAGCCCCAAGGAAGAGCCCCAAGGAAGAGCCCCAAGGACGAGCCAAGGAAGAGCCCCAAGGAAGAGCCCCAAGGAAGCGCCCCUGGAAGAGCCCCAAGGAAGAGCUCCAAGGAAGAGCCCCAAGGAAGAGCCCCAGGAACUGCCCAGGAACUGCCCCCCUGCCCUAGAACCAUCUUGGGUGGCCUGGAGCAGGAUAGGGACAGCUUCCUUUUUGAGAAGAGCCCCAAGGAGAGCCCCAAAGGAGGAGCCCCAGGAAGAGCCCCAAGUAGAGCCUCCAGGAAGAGCCCCAAGGAAGAGCCUGAGGAAGAGUCCGAGGAGCCCCCGAGUAGUGCCCCCAGGAAGACCCCCCUGCCCUCGGAAACAUCUGAGGUGGCCUGA